AUGGGUUCUAAAGUUGUAAGCAAUAGUCCUAAGUUGGCAGUUGGAGGACCUUAUAACCAAGCUGUCAAAUCGGCAGGUCUUAUUUUCUGUUCUGGCCAAGCUGCUUUAAGAGACGGAAGGGUCGUUGAUGGUACAAUUCAAGAACAAACUCGUGUUACUAUCGAAAAUCUUGCUGAAGUCCUCAAGGUUUCGGGUAGCAGCCUGGAAAAAUUGGUAAAGGUUAACAUUUUUCUGGCUGAUAUCGAUGAUUUUUCUGCUAUGAAUGAGGUGUACAAAGAAAUACUGCCUCAUCCAAUGCCAGCUCGUACCACUGUUGCUGCUGGUCAAAUUCCUCUUCAAGACAAGGGUAUCAAAAUAGAAAUCGAAUGCAUUGCUGCAGAGUAA